AUGCUAGAACUCAAAGUGGAAAUUAUUCUCCACUUGAGGAAUCCUACAGUACUUGCCAAAUGUUCGCAUGAAUGGAACAACAUUGUAAACUUACCUUCUACGAAAUCCAAGUGGUUGAUCGGCAGAAAUGGGAGAACUCAUGCAUUAUUUCACGCAGUAAGGAUGGGCGAGCCUUUUAUUAAUCUUGAUGUAGUCGAAUGUCUAUUUGCGCAGAAGGCGCACAUCAGUCGAUACUUUAUCCAACAAUUGGUGCUCGGAUUUGGCAACUACGACAGUAGACUUAUUGAUCUCAAACUUACGCAUAACAUGGGUACUCUCGAUCCGGAUCGAAAAAAAUCUAUUCAAAAUAAGAUCCGUAGCCCGUGGGCAAGCAAUAUCUCCUUCGAAGUUUACUCCCGAAUUCUCAAAGAGGGUCAUGAUCGGUUUGACGGGAAUGAUAUUCCCAUCCGAGGAAAUGACAUGGAGUCCUUUUAUUACUUAUCGGCUGGUCCAUUGGUUAUUAGGCAAGCGAGAACAAAAUUGAAGGAAAACAAAAAGGAAAUCAAAGCUCUGAUUCGGAGAUACAAGUUUGCCCCUUUUCCUCCGAGACCGAAAACCCGAAAACAUAUUCUCGAGAAAAAAGAUGGGAAUAUUGGGCUGAAGCCCAAUUCAGAGUCAGAGUCACGUGGCACUAAUUUUGGUGACUAUCCGCCAUCUGACGGGUAUGAGAACGUGAGACAACUAACAGUCAUUGCACGCGCUAUACUCAUAUAUCCCAAAUUAGUUAACGUCUGGAAGAAAAACGGGUAUCAUGAGAUCGUCAACGAUGUGAACGACCUGGUCAUACGAGGAUCGUUACUUAUCCUUUAUCCCUCGAGAUCUUCCGAAGAUUGGGUUAAACCAGGUUUAGCUCAAGUCGUCGAUAAACUAAAAGAUCUUAUAUUGCUUGGAUUCGAACUGACGGAUGCCUUGAUUGGAGACGCUUUAAUCUUAUUUGAGCAUAGAUUGAAGGAUAUAGGAGAAAUACUGAUUGAUGC